AUGGAGUCUGGUCGUCUUUACUUUGAUACCUCUACUUGCCGUGGUAACAACAACAUGAACAUGCUCUUCCUUGGAAAUGCUGAUCUUGGUUUUCGAGUAGGAAGGUCAAUGAUGAGCAUGGAGGAAGGCUCGAAGAGGAGACCUUUUUUCAGCUCGCCGGAUGAACUGUAUGAUGAGGAGUAUUACGAGGAACAGUCGCCGGAGAAGAAGCGCCGCCUCACUUCCGAGCAGGUCCAUCUAUUGGAAAAGAGCUUUGAAGAAGAGAACAAACUUGAGCCAGAGAGGAAAACUCAAUUGGCCAAGAAGCUAGGGUUGCAACCUAGACAGGUGGCUGUAUGGUUUCAGAACCGUAGGGCUAGAUGGAAGACAAAACAACUUGAAAGAGAUUAUGAUGUUCUUAAGUCUUCCUAUGAGUCCCUUCUUUCAACAUAUGAUUCCAUUGUCAAGGAGAAUGAGAAACUCAAAUCUGAGGUGGUUUGCUUAAAUGAGAAGUUUCAAGUUCAAGGUAAGGAUAUGCUUGAAGAGCCUUUGUCGGAGAAGAAAGUCGAUCCACUUCCGGUGGAUAUCACUCAGAUUUUCGGCAUGAAGUUGGAUGAACACGUGAGUUCCGGAAGCGUUGGAAGCGCGGUGGUGGACGAGGGUAGUCCUCGUGUUGUUAUUGACAGUGUUGAUUCGUACUUUCCAGCUGACGACUAUGGUGGAUGUGUGGCCCCUAUCGAAAGAGUUCAAUCAGAGGAAGAUGAUGGAAGUGAUGAUGGGAGGUGUUGUUUUGAUGUGUUUGUUACAUCUGAAACUGAGCAACAAAACCAUGAAGGAGAAGGGUUGAAUUGGUGGGGUAAUAUGUAUUAUGUUGCAUGA